AUGAAUUCAAAGCGCCUUAGUCUCGGCAGUCAUUUUCUCAGUAGUAAAAAAAAAGGUGAUUUAUCAGAUUUGUUUAUAAGUUUUGAUAAAGAUCAUGAUGGAAAAAUAUCUUAUUCAGAACUGCACGAUAUGCUACAUUCAGCUGGCGUUGAUAGUUCUUCCAUCAAUAUGAUAAAAAACCAACCCAACAAGAGCCUUGAUUUCGAAGAAUUUGCUCAGCUUAUGAGACCUACUUUGUCUGACCCUCAUAGAAUGACUUCGAAACAACUCGAAUUAAAAGAAGCGUUUGAUGCUUUUGAUAAAGACGGUGAUGGUGUAAUCAAUGUAACAGAACUUCAGGCCAUGAUGGAAAAGCUUGGCGAUAAAAUCACAAUACAAGAAGCACAAGACUUGAUUAAGGACGUUGAUUUAGAUAAAGACGGCGUCGUUAAUUUCAAUGAAUUCUGUACAAUGAUGGGAGUAAAGCAACCAACCGAGACAAUAAUUAAACGAUCACAAUGUACACAUCAUCAGCACCGGUUUUCUAUUCAUAGGUUAUUUUGUAGUCAUAAAUAA